CCGGGGACCUAUCUUCAUUCUCAACCUUUAUCGCAGCGCUUUAUUCCCUUGGACCCAUCCCUUGCCCUUUUCUCACCUGGAACCUACUCCCACCCCAAGAUGCCAUUCUACAUCAUCCACCACUCCACUCCUCUCUCAAAACCACAGUGCGCCGCCAUCGCGUCUCACAUCACCACCACGCACUCGGAGCGCUUCACAGCCCCGCGCCACUUCGUGAACGUCAAGUUCGAAUACCAAGACCCUGCCAUCGAGCCACCCACAUACGUAGGCGGCAAGCCAAGACGCACAAACUACAUCUUCGCACAUGUGCGCGACGGCGGCUCGCGCACAGCGGCGGAUUUCAAUGGCGUCGCGGCAGAAAUAAGCCAGUUCUGGGAUACCGAAAUCGCGCCUCAUCUAGCGCGUUCGACGGAGGAGGAGCGGGUGACUGGCAAGGGGGCGCAUGUGCCGGAGGAGGAGCGGGAGGUGAGUUGUGUUGCAUAGUGAUUGGGAAUCUGGGGGAGACGUGCUAAUAAGAGUGUUAGCUGCAUGCGGUUUUUAUGCUAGGCGAUAUCGUGGGCGGGGUAGAAGCGGGAUUUAGCAUUCCCGCGGCCGGGGAGGAUGUUGCUUGGAU